CCUACCCCAUUAUUAAUAAUCCUACAAAUUUGUUGGACUAAUUAUGCAUUGGAUUAAUAAUCAUAAAUUAAAAUGUUAAAACAAACAUAGGAUAAUUGAGCCUACGAAUUAAUAAUCUCAAUCUCAUACUCUAAUCCAUCCAAUCAAACAUGCUCUGGGAGUGUUAUUACCGUCUUAAAAUUAUUUUUCCUCCUCUCGUAAAGGUACAACCGGAGUAAAGCAGUUCAAAAAUAAAACUUAUACUGCUCAUAAUAUUCUUCAUGUGUUCAUGGCUACCAAGAGACUUGAACCAUACUAUGGACCAAAAUUACUCAAAACAAUAUAAAAUACAUAUAAAUAUAUAGAAAACUCUAUCUACAAUCUCUCAUCUUUUCCAUCUCCCCUUCGUGCAUCUCCUUCCCUUUAGAAAACCAUAGGUAUAUAUAGGACUUAGGUAUUAAGACUUAAAUACAUAUAAUUAUAUAGUUAUAAAACGUCAUAAUAAUAUUUAUAUUGAAUGUGAUUGUUUAGCAAGAGUCUGGUAGUCUAAUUCAGACCCAAAAAAAAUUUAAAAAGAAAAAAAUUUAAAAAAAAUUUAAAAAAUUGUGUAGAUGAAUCAUUGCUAAUAAUAUGUCUGUUUGUGUUUUUAUUUAUUUAUUUUUAUUAAGACUUUUGACCACCCAUAUCUCACCAUGAUCUUUUCUUUUGAGGACACCAUUGAAUUUACAGAAAGAAACAAAGAGAAGCAAACAUGGCCGUCGUUGAUGGGAAGAAGGAAUAUCCAAGCAAACUCACACUGUAUGUCAGUAUAACAUGCUUGAUUGCAUCUACGGGUGGUCUCAUCUUGGGUUACGAUAUUGGAAUUUCUGGUGGCGUGACGUCUAUGGAUUCAUUCUUGAUGAAGUUUUUUCCAUCUGUGUAUGAAAAACAAAAGGCAGAUAGUUCGACGAACCAGUACUGUAAAUUUGACAGUUUCACUCUCACUAUGUUCACUUCUUCUCUGUACUUGGCUGCUCUGUUAUCGUCGCUUGUUGCUUCGACAGUGACGAGAAAAUUGGGAAGAAAAUCGUCGAUGCUGUUAGGAGGUGUACUGUUCUGUGCUGGAGCUCUCAUCAAUGGGUUUGCUCAAGCUGUCUGGAUGCUAAUCGUUGGUCGUAUUUUGCUUGGUUUUGGUAUUGGAUUCGCCGGUCAGUCUGUGCCACUAUACCUCUCUGAAAUGGCCCCCUACAAGUACAGAGGUGCACUGAACAUUGGAUUUCAAUUGUCCAUCACAAUUGGUAUACUAGUAGCCAAUGUGUUGAAUUACUUCUUCGCCAAGAUCAAAGGCGGUUGGGGAUGGCGUUUGAGUUUAGGGGGUGCUGUGGUCCCUGCCCUCAUAAUCACAAUUGGAUCAUUAGUUCUUUCUGAGACACCCAACUCAAUGAUUGAGCGUGACAAGACUGAGGAAGCCAAAUCCAAACUCAAAAGAAUUUGCGGCAUUGAUGAUGUUGAUGAGGAGUUCAACGAUCUUGUUGUGGCUAGUGAGGCAUCUAAGAAGGUGGAGCAUCCGUGGAGAAACCUUUUGCAACGAAAAUAUAGACCCCACCUUACCAUGGCCAUCCUCAUUCCCUUCUUUCAACAACUUACUGGCAUUAAUGUCAUUAUGUUCUACGCACCGGUUCUAUUCAAAACAAUUGGUUUUGGAAGUGAUGCCUCACUCAUGUCUGCUGUGAUCACCGGUAGUGUGAAUGUUCUUGCAACUUUUGUAUCAAUUUAUGGUGUUGAUAAGUGGGGAAGGAGAUUUUUAUUCUUCGAGGGGGGUAUUCAAAUGCUCAUCUGCCAGGUGGCAGUUGCAGCUUGCAUUGGUGCUAAAUUUGGAAUAGAUGGGAACCCUAGUGAGUUGCCCAAGUGGUAUGCUAUUGUUGUGGUGCUUUUCAUAUGCAUCUAUGUUGCCGGUUUUGCAUGGUCUUGGGGGCCUCUUACUUGCUUGGUACCUAGUGAAAUUUUCCCACUCGAAAUCCGUUCUGCAGCACAGAGUGUUAAUGUUUCGGUCAACAUGAUUUUCACAUUUGCCAUUGCUCAAGGCUUUUUAACAAUGCUCUGCCACUUGAAGUUCGGUUUGUUCCUUUUCUUUGCGUUCUUUGUGGUGGUGAUGACCAUCUUUGUGUACUUCUUUUUGCCCGAGACAAAGAACAUCCCAAUUGAAGAGAUGUCGAUUAUAUGGAAGGACCAUUGGUUCUGGUCAAGGUUCAUGACCGAUGUUGAUGAUUAUCCUGCGAAAGGAGCUAUUGAGAUGGGCAAGGAAGGUGGAGUGACAUCUAUGGAAUCAUUUUUGAAGAAGUUCUUUCCAUCUGUGUACGAGAAGCAAAAGGCGGAUAGUUCGACAAACCAGUACUGUAAAUUUGACAGUUUCACUCUCACUAUGUUCACUUCAUCUCUGUACGUGGCUGCUUUGUUGUCCUCACUCGUCGCAUCAACGGUGACCAGAAAACUGGGCAGAAAGUUGUCGAUGCUGUUUGAAGGUACUGUUCUGUGCUGGAGCUCUCAUCAAUGGGUUUGCUCAAACAGUCUGGAUGCUAAUUGUUGUUCGUAUUUUGCUUGGUUUUGGUAUUGGAGUUGCUAAUCAGUCCGUGCCACUAUAUCUCUCUGAAAUGGCCCCGUACAAGUACAGAGGUGCACUCAACAUUGGGUUUCAAUUGUCAAUCACAAUUGGUAUAUUGGUGGCCAAUGUGUUGAAUUACUUCUUCGCCAAUCAAAGGCGGUUG